GAGCAAAAAUGGCGGUCCUGAAGUGUGCCUCAAUUUUUCUGUGUUUUCUGCUAGCACCAAAAUUCUCACUAGCCAGGGACUAUCGAUGUGCACUGGAGGAGAAUAAAUGUCUGUUCCGUGAUGUGCAACUCAAGACAAGCGAUUCGUUGGUGAAAGCAACUUUCUCGUCCAGCUCCUCCAACUCGCCAACAAAAAGCGUAAAAUUUGAAUCGUCUUCCAUGGUUCAGCUUCCGGCUGCGAUUUUUCAGAGAUUCCCCGAUGUGGAGGUGAUUGACGGUAGCUUCAGUGGCAUUAAAACUCUUCCAAGCGGCUCGUUUUCGUCGGCUAGAAGCGUUAGAGAAGUACAUUUAGCUGGGAAUAAAAUUUCCAUGCUAGUGAAUAAUCUUUUUGAUGGUGCAGCGAGAAUUAAUAAUAUAGAUUUAGCGCAAAAUGAUAUCAGUGAUGUUGAAGCUAAUGCCUUCAGUGGAUUGAAUCAAUUAAAAAUGUUGAAUUUGAGCAACAAUCGAAUUGCUCUUCUAUCGCCAAACGUGUUUAGUGCUUUAACUGAAGUAGAAGUCGUGGAACUUCAGAAUAACUUGCUUUCCAAAAUCGAUGAUGGAUUAUUCACAGCCUGCACGUCAUUGAUUACACUGAACGUGUCUCAUAAUGCUCUUCAAAAGUUUGAACUGCGGCAAUUUUUACGAGAGUGGUCUGUAGAUGCUAUCGAUGUCAGUUACAAUCGUCUUAAAACGGUUGGUAUUCCAAAAAAUUUAAGAAAGUUGGUAGCCUCAAACAACCAAAUACAAUCAGUGGAAGUGUUUGGUAAAGAGCCAUCGGUCAUUUUUCUUAGACUAUCUCACAACAAGUUGACCAGCGUCGAUCAGAUCCCCAAUCUGAAUAAGCUGGUUACUCUAGAUGUAUCCUACAAUGAACUGGAGACGUUCGAUUUCAAUUCGGUAACAAAGUUUAAGAAUCUUAUUUUGCUUAAGCUGGACGGAAACAAAAUCUCGACCAUAUCCAACACAUUGCCUAGCGAUGUAAGAUACCUAAAGUACAUUCACUUGGCUCACAACCGUUUGGCCCGGCUUGACAUGGAUACGUUCCGAACGCUGCCUCGGAUCAUAAAACUAGACUUGGGCUAUAACCAGCUAACCGAGCUCAGCGCUAAACGGAUUAGUGACAAAUUUCCGGUGCUCGUACGUUUAAUAUUGGAUGGAAAUGACUUCCGGUGUGACCAGCUUGGCGAAUUAACUAAGGAACUCAAAUAUGCCAUAACCGAGUACAAAAGUACCGUGGAAAAAUGCAAGACCGGACAACGAUUGCUAAAUGGAAUUUGCUGCAAGUGAAAUAAAAAAAUAUGACUAGAGCAAUAAGAAGUCAACAAAAAGAAAAUAUUUUACAGUUGUCAUAAAUUGAUAAUUUCAGCUUAUUUGUUGCACUUGAUAUGAGAAAUCAUCGUACGAAUAAAUGAGGAUUUUAUUAACAGAAACUCAGAGAAUUAUCGGUUGAAAGCAAACCCUUGGUAAUACAAUAAAGAAAGAAAAA